AUGAGUCUUGCAAAGGAGCCUCGGUCCAGCGACUGGGACAGGUACAGGGAGAUCAUCUCCGAUCUGUACUGGCGCCGCCAACAAAAGCUGCCGGAGGUCCAAAGGUUCAUGAAGGAAGUAUACGGCUUCGACGCUAACUCCAAAAGCUAUAAGCGAGCCUUUGACCAUUGGUGUCUCAAAAAGAACCUCACGACUGAAGAGUCAAUGGUGAUGCUAGCGAUUAUGACACGACGCCGUAUCGAAGAAAACAAGGAGACCGAAUUCAUCCGACAUGGAAAGCUCGUGGAUAACUCCAAACUCCAUCGAUUUGCCAGACGGCACAAGACGGACGGGCCUCUGCCCGAUGGGAUGGGGUCACCGGGGCCAUACGGGAUUCAGAGCCCGCACAACAGCGACGUUGCGCUGUCCUGGGAACCUCAUCUGGCAGCCAUGGACUCCCCCGAUCUAGCCCCUACAAACAUCGGCCACUACCUCGGUGCCAGCUAUUCCCCUGACCAUCCGGUCUCAUCAGUCGGAGCCAGCCCAGUAUAUAGCCAUUCGCCGUGGCCGGGCCCCACCAAUCCCGACCUCAACAUCCUCGCAAUCUGGGAUCAGACCGGCCACCCGGCACAAGCGACCUGGUACCCCCCGUCAGGGUUUGACCCCAACCUUUCCCUCCAAGGCACCCUUGCCCACGACACCUCAAGCAGCAGAUCAAGCGUUCACUACACGACUGUGGGGGCAGACCCGAGUUAUGCAGCAGGUGUCGGGCUCGACGCACGAGACAACUGGCCUCUGCAUCGAGCCGACGUAGAUAACGAUCCCAGUUAUGCCUCGGCUAUUUGGCUCAGCGGUGUCGACCCAAAUAGCACCGUCGAGGGCGGUACAACUCCUCUACAUUACGCAGCCUACCAACGCAAUGUCGAUAUGGCCAGUCUCCUGCCUCGGGAGCGCGAUCACUACUCCUGGGAGCACGCAACCAACAACGGGUAA